GGACCCUGAAACUUCGUGACUUCUUAUACCAACUUCUUUUGGGCUUCAUUUGACUUUCCUCCGUCGAGCUUCGAAAACAACGCGGAGAAACAGUCUCCGAACGAGUGUCCCGCGUGCACGCCAAAGUCGACGAUACGAACCAUGUCCUUCUGGGGCAGCAAGGCUGCUCCCCCGCCCCCUCCACCGCCCGCACCGCCUGUCAUAGCUGCUACGGGUCCGCAAAUCGAUGCCACGACAAUUGUCUCGUUACUUGGAGUCCUUGCACUCCUUGGCGGAGCUUAUGGCGCGAGCAUCAAGGUUCUGCCCCAGUCGACCACCAUAAAAACGCGUGUUUUGUUCAUCUGGCACCUGUUCGACGCGCUCAUCCACUUCGUCUUCGAGGGUAGCUUCUUGUGGAACUGCUUCUUCGUCUCCUACGCUCUACCCACAUCCUUUACUGCACAGGCCCAGGCGAAGAAGGUCACGCUGUUCACGCCGCCGGAUGUGUACUGGCUAGGCAAACAGGAUCUGUUGUACGGAGCGAACUAUGGGAGCACGCCGUUUAGUCGGCUGUGGCAGGAGUAUGCGAAAGCGGACAAGCGGUGGGGAGGCACAGAUCUGACGGUCGUCAGUCUGGAGUUGUUGACGGUGUUCGUGGCGGGGCCGUUGGCGCUGUGGAUCUGCUAUCUGCUGAGUAAAGAUGAGAAGAAAGGGGGGUUGAAGAAGUGGUUUUGGAUGAUUGUCCUAGCCACAGGGGAGAUGUACGGAGGCUGGAUGACUUUUGCUCCUGAAUGGUUGACUGGCAGUUCGAAUCUCGACACGUCGAAUUGGAUGUAUCUCUACCUCUACCUCCUUUUCUUCAACGGCCUGUGGGUCGUCUUUCCCGGUUGGAUUCUGUGGGAGGCAUACCGAGCCAUCAGUGCUGGCAUGAGUCAAGCCGAGAUGGUCGACCUCGUCAACUACUUGGGCAAGAAGGAUGACUGAGCACGAUCUCAACUGUCUUCUUGGGUUCGAGGGUACUUGAGGUUAGUACGCGUGUGGUACGCGUUGGGCAUUUCUGGGAGCAAGCAGCAUAGCGCGGUGGUUUUAAGACUGUUCUCCUUCAGUGUGCAGGUAAAAGAUGAAUGGAAUUGUCGGUGUCUAUUUAACGUAUAAUCUGGGUAUGCCAGAUGCCAAGUGCAGAGUAAUCAAGUCCCACUUUAACAGACACCCA